GCAGACCAUGAGUGACUCUGAUUGGCUGCCGAGAUCAAGCCCGAGCCACUUGCGCUUCGAUUCUUCUAGGGUUCUUUAAUCCACACGAUCUGUAUAUGACUGAUUGAUGAGCGCUUCAUUGUGCUCACCAGAUUACAAGUCACUACGACACAUAUAUAUGUAUUUUGAGAAUAACAGUUCGCCAUAAGUUCCCGGGCCACGGAAACAAGCAUUCUCAGACAAUGGAUGGUGUGCAAUAUGCAUGGCCAGCAAAGGCUGGUCAGAACCAGCCUCCAAUACACCCAGCUAUCGACCCUCGUCUUUAUGACGAUGCUUUUGUGCAACGGAGUCAAGAUCCGACCAGUUCUUCCACGCAAAACUUCCCAACUGGCCAACAAAACAUACUCCAGAACCAAUUCGACGCGAAUGAGUCCUCAUCUGCGGAAGAUGAGAUCUGGGACGAUGAAAUGGAUUAUGGUUAUGAUGAUAACGACGAUGAAGAUGCUGAUUACGAGGCCGCUUCUGCCGAAUCGGAGCAAGGACAGGAUGAAGAGGAUGAUUUGGAACCUGAUUCAGACAGCAUGCAGGCAUCUUCAUCUCCACCGCGGAAGCGUCCACGUAGGGGCCGCGGGCCAUUCUCUGGUCGUUAUGGUGCCAGAGGAGGCAAAGGGAUCAAGAGAGGUCCUCGCAGGCCGCUGGAGCCCAGCCCAGAAUUCAAGAUGCUUCAUUCUCAAGCCACCGAGGCGUUCAUUGAUGGUGACUACGAUCGAGCUAUUGAAUUGGUUCAACGAGCUAUCCUCGUGAACCCUGAAAUGUUUGCAGCCCACUCAUUACUCUCGGAAAUCUUUCUAGCUCGAGGGGAGGACGAUAAAGCAAUAUCAGCCCUCUUUAGCGGUGCCCAUACUAAACCACGGGACCCGACGGUGUGGUACAAGGUGUCGAAGCUGAUCCAAGAGAGAUCCGGGGAGGAUCGGCAAAAGGCCUUGAACGACAUGGUCUACUGCUUCAGCCGCAUCAUUGAAAUCGACCCAAAAAGUUAUAAUGCUCGAUUCCAACGGGCAGCUGCCUACCGGGAACUCGGUUCGAAUGGCAGAGCGGCUACGGAGUAUGAACGUAUUCUCAAGGAAAUUCCUCAUAACAUUCGAGCCCUUCGGCAUUUAGCUGAAACGUAUAUCGAUAUGCAAGAAGUCCAGAAAGCGAUUCGAUACUACACCAACAGUAUCGAAUACUACAUGUCUCAUGAAACAGACGAAAGUUUAGAGUUCUCAUGGUCAGAUGUGAACAUCUGCGUUGAGUUAUACGCUUAUAUAGGGCAAUAUGAGUCAGGGCUGCAACUCUUAAAAUCCGUCUCUCGGUGGCUCGUUGGUCGAAAAGAUGAUAAAAUUUGGGAUAGCGAAGACGAUGACCGAGAGUGGGACGCUGCUGACUCACCUCGUCGCAUAAAAACAAACGGUUUCAUACCAGGGGUAUUUCCAAUACAGUCUUACGGCCUAGGCCUUCCAAUGGAAUUACGUAUAAAACUAGGGAUAUAUCGUUUAAAGCUUGGAGAGCGCUACUACAACGAGGCUUUGACACAUUUCGAAUGGCUGACUCCUGAUGACAAAUCUGAAGGUUCUCAAUUAUACGACUAUGGCGAUCUCUUCCGUGAGGCAGCAGAUGCACUUAAGGAUGCAGGUUUGUUUGAACAAGCCUUGCGAUACUACGAACCUUUGCAGUACACGGAAGAAUAUGCCGAUGUCAGCUACUUUUUAGCGAUGGGUGAUUGCGCUUUUGCGAGUGGGAGAACUAAAGAAGCUGAGGCUUGCUAUCUCACUGUUGUUGAGAAUGAUUCCACAAAUUUGCAAUCUAGGGUGAAUUUGGCCAAAUUAUAUGAAGAACUUGGCAUGAAAGAGCAGGCUCUUUAUUUCGUCAACCAGGCUGUCUUGUUAGGACGAGGUGAGGCUGGAGGUUAUCGUCGAACACGCAGGAGGGAUCGUCGGCUUGCACAGCUCGCCAAAGAAUUCCAGGGUACUAAGGACCCUUCUGCGCGCAAAGCUGUUCCCAAUCUCUCCAAUGCUCUGUCCCGGCGUGAGGCAAUCCCAGAGAUAGAUGCCGACCGACCUGGGCAUGUACGGUAUCUAUAUUCGAAGAUGAACGAGUUGCGGCCGGCAAUGCGACAAGGUGAUGUCAAUUCAACGGAAGACUGGCUUGAUAUUGCGGAUGUACUGCUCCGUGAGUUCCGGUCUAAUCGUGUUUUUUAUCCCCUGCAGAAAAAUAUGACGUUCCUGGGAUAUUCAAGAGAUGCACAAGGUGGUAAAAAGAAGGAUACAGUUAUGGAUGAAGUGCAGGAACUAGCCGGGCGCCUUCAAGAAUCCUUAGGCAACGUAUCUGCCGAACAAGUUCAAGAUACGAUUCCUAAUGAUUAUUUUGGAAUAUCAUUUGAUGAGUGGCUAGACAUCUUUCUGGAAUACGCUUUUAUGAUUUCCGGACAAGGUGAUGGUGAUGAAGUGUAUAAUACCUUGGCAGCUGCUGCGGAUGCCAGUGUGUGGUAUCACUCUAAAGAGAAAACACGGCAAAUUCAUGUCUGUUGGUUCACGUGUGCUCUACGGCUGCAAGACGAAGAGACCUUAGUUACUGAGGCACGAUGGUUCUCUAAAGAAUAUCAGUUUGUGACAGAUACUUAUCGAUUAUACUCUAUUCUUAGUCGACUUUGCGGUGAUCCACGCAAAUCUUUAUUCCAUGCCUCUCCUAAUAUGAAAUUUAUGCUCCGUCAGGUCAAAGCAAUGGACUUGACAAUCCCCGACAGUGUGAUGCGCCUCGCGCAAGCACAAACACGAGACACAGCUUACCAGGAUAAGCCGUCAUUGACAUCGCGCAACGAGAAUGGUGAGCUAAUAACCGCUGAUGAACUGGAUGUAGCUAUGCUCGUUCUUUACGGGCACAUUUUAUACUCUGGGAACAGUUUUUACCCAGCAUUGAAUUACUACCUCCGAGCCUAUGCUAUCGAUAAGGAUAACCCGAGUGUUUUGCUGUCCAUUGGACUGUGCUAUAUUCAUCACUCAUUGAAACGACAAGCCGAAAACCGACAUUUCAUGAUACUUCAGGGUCUUUCAUUUAUGUCUUUGUAUCGAAAAGCACGGGAGAAAAAAGGAUCGCUACUCGUGGAGCGGCAGGAAGUGGAAGUCAACUUUGCUCGUGUAUAUCAUUCACUAGGUUUGCUUCAUCAGGCUGUGGCUGGUUAUGAGCGUGCCCUAGAGAUCGGCGACCAAAUACAUGCACAAAAAAUGAGUGAACCCGGGGAAUCCAUUGAAAAUGACGGCCAGGCUGCCUAUGUCGAAGACUUUUCGUCUGAAGCCGCUGUCGCCCUACAAAACAUUUAUGCAACCAGUGGGGAUACGACUAGUGCGAGGCAGAUUACCGAGAGAUACCUCGUAAUAUAACCGAGGUUUCGUGCUAUUACUAUAACUUGAUUGUACUUUAAGGGCAUUUAUAUUCUGCCUCUGGAAAAUACAUGAAUAGCAUCUUGCG